AUGGGCUCUUCCCAAGUUAAACAUUUACUGACCGAAGACGUAUUGGAAGAUUAUACGUCUUUAACAUAUUUGAAUAAAGGAGAAAUAUACCACUUAUUGAAGAAAUUUCAUUCCAUUGAUCCUGAAAAAGUAAACAACAACUUCUCGCAUAGAUUCACCAAGCACGAGAUCGUAAAUAAAUUUGAAGUAUUGAAAAACAAUCCCUUCCAAGAUCGAAUUUUCCGUGUGUUUUCAUCCCAAAAUGAUGGAUGUUUCUCUUUCGAGGAUUUACUGGAUCUGUGCUCCGCGAUGAGUUCCGAGUGCCCUUGCGACGUCAAAGCGGCUUGGGCAUUUAGAAUAUAUGACAUCGAUGAGGACAAUCAAAUCACAGCAAAAGAUAUAAGCCACAUUCUGGACAGAUUGACUUGGGACCCCCACAACCGGAACCAUUGUUUUGAUAAUCAGUCCAAGUUGAAAAUUGCAAACAUCAUAUUGGAAGAAAUAAAACUGGAUCACUCUGGCGGAAUCGGUUUUUCAGAGUUUCAAUUUAUUAUAUCAAGAAUACCGGAAUUCAUGUCAUCAUUUUAUUUUCGCUUGUAG